AUGGGCGCAUGCGCUGCUAUCGACCAGGGCCAAACUCUACCACGCACCGUCAUUCUCCUAGAGACCGAGGAGGAGUCUGGUUCAGCUAAUCUGCUAUACCUUAUGGACAAGGUCAAGGACACUCUAGGGGCACCAGACGUCUGUAUCUGUCUUGAUUCCGAGACUGCCGAUUACGAUCGCAUUUGGGUAACAUCUUCGCUCAAGGGAUUGGCUGCCUGCAACCUCAAG